AUGCUGUCUCCUGAACAAGAAAGCCUCAAAUCUGAAUUCAUAUCUCAGGGUGGCAUUUGGUCGUCGUCGUGGGAGAAUGUUCUUUCUCUGGACCCAGGGUACUUCUCGGUCUACCUCAAGUUACGUUCGAUCCCUCUACGUAAUCAAAACUUGUCGCGCAAGGCUCAGGAGCUCGUCCUCCUCAGCAUAAGUGCAUCCUGCACCACCAUGUUCAGCCCGGGCAUUCAUGCCCACACCGAGGCAGCCUUGAAAGCCGGAGCGACGAGGGACGAAAUUUUGGAGGUCCUUGAGUUGUCUUCUGUCUUGGGGAUCCACGCGGUCAACGUCGGCGUACCUCUCCUCAACGAAGUUCUGCAGGAAGAAGGGAUUAUCGACAACAUUCCUGUUGGCAAGCUCGACGCCGAGCGUGAGAAACUGAAAUCCGAUUUCAUGUCCAAGCGUGGCUACUGGCAUUCGAGUUGGGAUCCAGUCCUCCAACUUGAUCCCCUUUUCUUCGGAGCCUAUACCGAAUUUUCGUCUUAUCCAUUUCGUACUAGGCAGGAUGCAAAACAUUCAACGAAUGACACCCAGCUGUCUCGUGGCCUUGACCCCAAAAUGAAAGAACUUAUUUAUUGCGCCAUCGACUGUGCUACGACGCAUCUUUAUGUGCCAGGGUUGAAAUUGCACAUCCGCAAUGCCGUCAAAUACGGCGCAAAACCAGAGGAGAUCAUGGAAGUCUUUGAGCUAUCUAGUCUGAUGGGCGUGCAUACAGUAAUGGUAGGAAGUGAUGUAUUGGCUGCUUUAGCCCGCUAG